AUGGCAAAGAAGAGAGUAUUAGAAUCAACAUUUGAGUCAUCAGAACAAGAUAAUAAUAAUGAUGUAACAACUACUACAGAUAACUCAACAACAACAAAGAAAUCAAAUAAGAAGAAAUCAGUCAAGGAUAAGUCAAAGGAUGACGAUGCAUCAUCAUCCACUCAAUGUGAAGAAGAUGGUGAACUACAAAUGACCAUCGAUCAAUGGAAGAGUGACCUUCAUUCACAUACAAGGCUCGUCUCUGUUAAUCAACUAUCAAGAGCAGAGUAUCAGGAUGGAUUGUUUGUUGUUGGAGUUAGGAAGGGCAAACACUUUGACUCUAUCGGACAUACUGUUAAGGGACAGCUUUGUCUUUAUGUUGAGGAGGCGUUGUAUCUUGCAACGCAAGGCUCUUUGGAGUUAUAUUACAAGGGCAUGCCAUUGACACUACAAGAGGCAUACCAACUAUGUGAGAGACAAUACUGUAAUCAUCCUUUCUACAAGUUCCAAGUGUAUAGCUAUCUUAAGAAGCAUGGUUAUCAUCUCAUUCGAUUCACACCAGAGGCUGCCGCACUGGAACAACAAGAACAACGUCGACUUGCAAGCAGCAAAUACAACAAUACCAUCACAACAAGUGAGCGAGCCAAGAUCAUUCAAUCACUCCCGCCAUCAGGGGUCUCCCCUCAACAUGCUGUUGCUGUUGCUGCUCCUGUUCGGACUUCAAUGAGAUGUCGGAGUUGGUGGAGACAAGAAGAGUGGCCAUGCAAUGUCCAAGAAGUCUACACUUACAAGCCAGACAAUGUCGAGUGGAUUGUACCAAAUAUCAAUGAUUCAUGGACUAAUGAUAGAGACUCACUGCGGCAUCACUCAUCAUCUGUGGACUCUUUGGACUUUGACAUCAUUCAAUCAUCAGCGUCAUCAUCGACAUCAACAAAGCCAUUGUUACGCAUUGCCCAGACAUUCAAUACCAACCAGACAAUGAACUCGGUCAAUCGUCGUGUUAGGCUGUUUGAUGUAUCGACGAGGUUGGAGGACAAGGCUGCUGAGGACAUCAAGGAUUGCAAGGACAUUGGUCUGAUCGACUAUAAUGUCUACAAGCCAGGACCAUCAUUUAGAAAGAGUUCACCUGGUACACCAGACUUUAGAAUAUCAAUAAUGCGAUUCAUGGACAAGGUACCAUCGAUGGACGUUGUCAAUCGCAUUCAAUCAGCGUUCAAGGAUUCAGUACCUCUGUACUUUUGUGUCAUUGCCUUGAAUGACAUUUCAUUCUUCUCGCUCCAAGAGAUGGAUGCAAUGGCACUC